AUGGGGGAUGAGGAAGCCAUGAUUCGUGUACUACUUGUCGACGGCAGCUCCACUUGCCUUUUCAUCUCACAAGCCCUCCUUCGCCAGUGCCAAUACCAUGGAAGUGAGCCUCCAAAUGACAUCCCGGUCGUAUUGGUGUCGUGGGAUGAUAGUAAAAAACGGGUAUUAAAAGGGAUAAUGAACGACACUUGUGAUUAUCUGGUAAAACCCGUAAGAGUCGAGGAGCUGAAGAAUAUAUGGCAACAUGUGGUGAGGAAAAAGUUGAAGAAGAACAAGAAUGUUGAUAAUAAUAAGAUUGUUAAUCAUGUUGUGGGUGAAUCUCAUGUGGAGAUGAAAGAAACUUCCAACAAUAAUAGUGUUUGUUGUAAUGAAAACCCGAAUAAUGACAAAGGGCACACCUGUGAUGAGGUGUCGUCGAAGCAGAAGAAGCCACGUGUCAUCUGGUCGCAAGAGCUUCACCGCAAAUUUGUUGCUGUCAUUGAUCAAUUAAGCUGUGCUGAAAUGGAUCGUGGAGCUUAUGAAUGUCGAAGGUAUUUCGGGGGAACAUCUACUACUUGUGAUCCGAAUAGCCACAUCACGAGUUACAGCUUGAUAACGAAGUGCCAGAAUAUCAUUCGUUGGGAGUUUCCUAAAGACCCUUCGACUGUUGGUUCCAUUUCGAUGCAUGUGAUUCAAAAUAACAGCUCUAGACAUGAUCAAGGACAAGCUUCCCACCAGUCGCUCUGA